GACUUCCCCUCCGUGAAAAAGCAAGCUGGUCUGGAUAACUGAGGCCGGCCCCAUGUAUCCGGAAUCAACCACGGGGUCCCCGGCUCGACUCUCCCUGCGGCAGACGGGCUCCCCUGGGAUGAUCUACAGUACUCGGUAUGGGAGCCCCAAAAGACAGCUCCAGUUUUACAGGAACCUAGGCAAAUCCGGCCUUCGGGUCUCCUGCCUGGGGCUUGGAACAUGGGUGACCUUCGGAGGCCAGAUCACCGAUGAGAUGGCAGAGCACCUCAUGACCCUGGCCUACGACAAUGGCAUCAACCUGUUCGAUACCGCAGAGGUCUACGCUGCUGGCAAGGCUGAAGUGGUAUUAGGAAACAUCAUUAAGAAGAAAGGAUGGAGACGGUCCAGCCUCGUCAUCACCACCAAGAUCUUCUGGGGUGGAAAAGCCGAGACAGAGAGAGGCCUUUCCCGGAAGCACAUAAUCGAAGGACUGAAGGCUUCCCUGGAGCGGCUGCAGCUGGAGUAUGUGGACGUGGUCUUUGCCAACCGCCCAGACCCCAACACGCCAAUGGAAGGGGACCCAUUUAGUUCCUUCAAGUCAAGGACAUUCAUCAUUGAAGAGACCGUGCGGGCCAUGACCCACGUCAUCAACCAAGGGAUGGCCAUGUACUGGGGCACAUCACGCUGGAGUUCCAUGGAGAUCAUGGAGGCCUACUCAGUGGCUCGGCAGUUCAACUUGAUCCCACCUAUCUGCGAGCAGGCUGAAUACCACAUGUUCCAGAGAGAGAAGGUGGAGGUCCAGCUGCCAGAGCUGUUCCACAAGAUAGGAGUGGGUGCCAUGACCUGGUCCCCUCUGGCUUGUGGCAUCGUCUCAGGAAAAUAUGAUAGUGGCAUCCCACCCUACUCCAGAGCCUCUCUGAAGGGCUAUCAGUGGUUGAAGGACAAGAUCCUGAGUGAGGAGGGUCGGCGUCAGCAGGCCAAGCUGAAGGAACUGCAGGCCAUCUCCGAGCGCCUGGGCUGCACCCUCCCGCAACUGGCCAUAGCCUGGUGCCUGAGGAACGAGGGCGUCAGCUCUGUGCUUCUGGGUGCUUCCAACGCGGAGCAACUUAUGGAGAACAUUGGCGCAAUACAGGUCCUUCCAAAACUGUCGUCUUCCAUCGUCCACGAGAUCGACAGCAUCCUGGGCAAUAAACCCUACAGCAAAAAGGACUAUAGAUCCUAAGUCUCCCCCACCGCCUGCUUGGACAGUUUCCAGUUCCCUCCCCGUCUCUGUCCGCUCGCUUCUGCUGUUUCAAAGCCAAAUGCAGAGUGUGGUUUGUAUCCAAGGGGAAAACACUAUGCCCAGACGUUACCAGGAAAUGAUCUCCAAAGUCACCGCCAGACGCCACCUGCUGCUUAUCCAUCCUCACUGGAUGCUAUCUGAUGGGUGCCAGGAGAUGGCAUCGAUCAAAGGCUCCCGCCCAAGCCCAGCACCUCUGCUUAUCCUUCAAAAGGGAACACUUGCCCCCCCCCAGCCACAGCCCUUCAUGGAGAUUCCAGAAGUCAUGGCUGAGUGGAAAUCUAAUCCUCAGAGCAUGCAGGGCUGGCCUCUCUGCCAAGAACCCCUACCUCCAAAGCAGGGUCCACUGCUUCCUAGCAUCCCUUCUUCCGCCACAUCCUGGUGGUUAGGGCAGGGCCUCCAUCUUUCCUUGGACACCAGGCACUUUGUUCAAGGCUGGCCUGGGGUCCCAUUCUUCCCAGACCUUGACAUUCCCCCCUCAUGCCCAGGGGCCUUGGCUGGGAUUAUACCAACCUAACUGACCCUUGGCCUCCACCCUUACCCUUGCUGGCAGGGGCAGGGAUCGCAGCUAGCUUUCCCAGCAUCAUCUACCCUGUAUACAACUGCUGAGCCCCACAGCAGGGAAGCCCGGCAGGCUCGGGUGGAGCCCGAUGGAAAAUGCCCCUCUGAGACCUGUAGAUGCAUGUGGCACCUGGCCACACCACAGGGAGGUAACAGCAGACUGGGCCCGUACUCGCAAACCCAUACUCCUCUCAGACCUUCUCAAAUACCUCUGUCAUACUGGAGCAGUGGGCUUGUGGCCUGGGCUCUGCCUGGAAAGGGCAUGUGGAGUUUUUCAGUGAGCGGGUUCCCUGGGGUUUCUGUUGCUG